AUGAACGACCAGAUAAUCGUGACUGGUGAAGCGAUCCGCACACAAAGGGCAGAGACUAGAUUACUCGAUGGAAUCACCAGUACGCUGUGCAUCCGAGGCCCCGUCUUUUGCUGGGACACAGUGGAGGCCAGAGGCCAAGUGCAGCUGUUGAUCUGCGCGAGUGGCAAAGAGUGCGUUGCAGCCUGGACGCGGACACAAGUGGGCUCGCCCGUAAUCCUCGUGUUCUUUGCGGUAGUGUUCGUUCAGGCGCUUGCAGGAGGUCAGGAUGCGCCCGCAGCCCGCCUCCGUACCGUCGACGACAAAGUCGCAGACAAUGCGCCCGGUUUCGUCAAGAUGGUAGUAGCGGUUAUUGUUUUCAUGGCAUACCGAGAUGUGUACGGAUCGCCCGCCUUUGGAACUCAGCACCCGGGGGCAGUGCGGGCAUGGCCACGCCUCGACGAGGCGCGUGGGGUGUCGGUGCUCGGCCCGACUUCCAGUGUGCUCCGUGCUGACCCCCCAAGUGAUCCAUUUCUCGCCUUGUUGCCUAUGGCGAUUCUCGCACGUAUUGCAGAGCUUAUCCCCAUCACAAGCAGCACAGUCUCCCCGUUGCCCAACGUCCACCGCAACGUCCCCCUUGUGCGAGAUCAACCACGGGGUGCCACAGCUCGGGCAGCCGAAGGCAAGCUCGACCCCACGGCUGGACUCCUCGAGCUGGAGAAUUUCGAUGCAGGACUGGUGGAAGCAUUGCAAGCAAUACGUACAGUUGACCUCAUGUGCCUCUACUUGGAUAUCAGCGAGCUCAUUCGACGAAUAAUCUGCAUAGGUCCUGAGGCUGCCGGAAUAGUGUGA